AUGGCAACCACUCCCGCUACAUGCGUUGCCCCACUCAGUCCAGCAGUUCAGCAAUCGCCCAUGUUUCAUAUGCCUCUCGAGCUCCGCGACAGAGUGUACGACUUCAUUUUCGGCGAUUCACCCAUUCCACCCAGUGACGACGUCACGGCUGCUGUGCCUGCUUCUUCAGAGCUUGCGCAGGCGCGCCUUGUCAGCCAUCAAUUUGACGACGAGGCUCGUGAGACGUGCUUUGGAAGAAUUGUGCACUGUAUCAACUGGAAUCCAAAAGCUGUCGCUGAACGCCCGGGCGACUACACUCAACGCGUCUGCAAUCUGGAAAAAAAGAUUCGUGAGCAAAUCAAGCACAUCGCCUUUCGAAUCCAGGACGGCAAUGUGAACUACAUCGACCCAUUGCACCUUGACCAGAACCCCGAAGAUCCUGAUCAAGUGAGCCCAGACCGACUAUGUGUCAUUCGUGGACUUCGACUGCUCGACUCGGUCACAUUCGUGCUCGAUUUGCCGUUCAUCAACACGACUGAAGGUAGGCGAACGAGGAUAAUGCAAGAAGGCAGACUGGCCGAGAAGAUAUCCGAGCUCACACAUGUGAAACAAGUCACUGUACAGAACAUUUUUCACAGAGAGCAAUUCUCAUAUCACGAAGAAAAUGGACAGCAGCACUGGAAAAUCCUCGAGUGGGAGGACGAUUCAGACAUUGUCAAUGAUGACCGCUAG